CCCAUGGAUGUCUAGGCUUGUCUAAGGGAUCAAGCUGAGUUGUGUGACUUCCCUGUAGCAAUCUUGCGCUCCUUGCUGUGUGUAGACCAAUAAAUGAAUGAAAACAGCAGCUAAUGAGGCAGCUGACAUUAAAGUCCGGAGGUAGAAUCCAGACCCCUGUGGUGAGAUCCACAACUCUAGUGCCACUGCUGAUGGGCUGUGAUACAAGUGACAAAAAGAUCUGACUUUUUCUCAAUUUCUUUGAAGGUGUGUUUGCACAUGACUGAGAAAGAGCUCUCUGACAGGUUUUGUUUAAAUCUCAGUUCCAGUAACACUCAAAUUAUUAGAAAUCUGCAUGAAGAUUACAUUUUCUUUCAUUUUUAUAUGCAAGAAAUGUUAUAUGAAUGAAAUAUUUUCUUACAUUUUAAUAUGCAUGAAAUGUUUCAUGCAUAUUAGAGAGGUAGUAAAAUCAUGCUUAGGUUACUGAGUCUUGGGUCUUGGUAAAUAUUUGGAGGUAGAGAGCAGAAAAACAGACUGUAUCUCUGGUGACUCUGGCGAGCCGCAGGCUCUUAGUAACACCCACUGGUAGUGGUUUCCAGCAGACUGCAUAUCUAGGAACGAAUAUUUGUCUGAGAUCGUAUUGAACUGAUCUGACCAAAAAAAAAAAAUUUGUAUAAUUCAGUAUUUUUUUCCCAUUACCUCAUACUAUUAGCUCAUAAUAACCAUGAAUUAAAAAAAAAUAACAGCACUCCAUUUUCUUUUUCUCCAUCCAUGAAAGAUAGACUCAAUAGAAGGUCACACCACAUGAAGUCUGGGACUCACCUAUGCAGCCCGAUAUGGGGGGAGGAAUAAGCGCUAAUUAUGAGAGGAGGCAACCUUUCCCAUCCCUCCUACCCACUUAACUCCUCAGUGUCUCCUCAUUUGCUUCUGUAACAUUGGUAAUGUAAGCUUCGUAUAACCAACAAUAAAGCUCAAUUUCUGCAGUUAGAAUCUUGGACAAUCUUGGAGCUUCUCUGUGUAGGCGUAAACUGAACCACCUGCUUGGGAUCUAUCUUGGUUAAGAAGUGCAGUAAGCAGAAUGUCCAACAACAUGGCCAAGAUCGCAGAUGCUCGGAAGACAGUGGAACAGUUAAAGCUGGAGGUCAACAUCGAUAGGAUGAUGGUGUCUAAAGCAGCCGCUGAGCUGAUGUCAUACUGUGAAUCUCACGCCAAGGAAGAUCCGCUCGUCUCUCCUAUGCCCAACUCUGAAAACCCCUUUAGAGAGAAGAAGAUUUUCUGUGCAAUUUUGUAGUUUCCAGUUCACUUACCUAAACACAUUCGGCUGUUCAUUUUAAUGGUAUUUAUAUUCUUGAACACAUUUAUGUCAGCUACAUUUUUAGGAGUUACAUUUUUGAAAUUCUAACAUCUUCUCAGCUGAAGUUGUUUUAUAGCUAUUUAUCCAAAUUUCCCAGUGGAACUGUUUUUUUUUUUUCAAUAUAGCUUUUCAUAUGUGGAAACAUUUUAUUGUAAAUAAUUUGUUUGGUGUAUCUGGUGUAUCUCUCCUUACAGAAAAAUCACAUACAUUUCACGUGAUCAUAAGCUUUCCACAUAUGAGCAUGUGAGUUUUUGCACAUGUGAAUUCAAGAAAACGUGACAUCAUGUGCAUAUGUGAUUAUGUGAAAAUGAAUUAUGUGAAAAAUGAAGCCACAUGCACCACAUGUGAAAAUAAAAAUACUCUACAUGCCUAAAAACCACAGUGACCUUAGUAUUAUAACUUUCUAACUACCUUUCAAUCUUCAUGCAUAUUUAACCUUAUAAUACUACAGUCAAAAUAUUGUUUAACUUUCACAUGUGUAUCAUGUGAUUAUUCACAUGUGAAGUUUGUGCCACGUUUCUGUGAGCAUUGCUGUAAUUUCUAUGUCAUGCAGGACUCUUAAAUUAUUCAUCACUCUUUUAAAAUGACAAGUAACUGUACACUGAAGAUGCCCUCGUGCUUAUUUUUCACCUCAGCAGUUUCAACACUAAGGCCUGUAGAAGCCUCAUUCACAAGACAGAGCCAAACUGACACAAAUACUAUAAAAGAUUGAAAUGCUUUUUUGUUCUCAAGCUUGUCAGUGCUUGUCAGAGUGCUGUUACAUGCUCAGCGUCUACAUGGACAUGGAAGAUGUUAUGUUAGAUCUGUCCUCUGAGCUGUUGAUUAGAUAGGAGCUAAUGGAUGAAUCAUCAGAUUCAUUUCACAUUAAGGUGACGCUAAGGCUUUCUUCUGCAUGGCUCAAUUAAAAAUGCAUUUUGAGGUCGGGAGCAAAGUUCCCUUUGUCUCUGCUCAUUCAGGCACGUCGUGUCUGUUAACUUCCGUGAAGAUGGUUUAAACAUUAACCUGAAAUACAACAGCCUCACCCAUUCAAUAAUCAUGCUCUGAAGAGAUACAUACAAAAAUAUACUUUGAAUUAUACUUUAAAAAUAUACAUUAAUUUUAAAGCACAGUUUGUAUACAUGACUAAAAUAUUACAUUUGCAACUGGGAUUAAGAUUAAGCUUCAGGUGAAGACACAUUGGACAUUUUAUUACAAUUUCCCCACUACUGACAAUUAAA